AUGACGACUAGAGACGGAGAGGAGGCACUCACGCUGUCUUUCGACACUGAAGGCCAGACGGUGAAGAGUCAGCCAGCGAAAAGACGCGGCGUCGGGUUUCUGUCGAGAGGAUCAAUUACGUACGACCGUAGGGGAAGAGCAGGGGUGGGCGUGGUGGUGGUUGUGAAAGCUGUUUAG